AUGUUUAUGGGCAUACCAUACGGUAAAGUGAAUUAUAGUAACCCAUUUGGGACUUCUCUCUCGUACCCAGAUUUCGAAGACACAUUUCUAGCAAACGACGAUACGUCGAUUUGCGUACAAAAUCAACAGAGAACUAAAAAUGUCAUAGGUUCUUUAGACUGCCUACGAUUGAACAUAUACGUUCCUAAUUCAGCUAACACAAGAAACAAGCUGCCUGUCUUACUUUGGAUACAUGGCGACACGCCAGAAGUUCCAGGAAAUCAAGGCUUGAAGGACCAACUUCGUGCGAUACGAUGGGUUAAAGAAAACAUCGAAGCUUUCGGUGGAGAUGCUAAUAAAAUAACGAUUUUCGGGUCCAGCGCUGGCGGAGUUUCAGUUGAUUAUCAUUUAUUAUCGAAACAGGAGAAAUUAUUCGAUAAAGCUAUAACUCAGAGUGGAACUAGUCUAGUUCCUUUAGCUUUUAUUGACUCUCAUAGAGAUCUGCCUAUAAGAAUAGCUGAACAAUUAGGUGUAGAAAUCAACGAUAGUGAUAAAGCAAUUCAGUAUUUAUCAACACUAGACCCUGAAAUAGUUGUAGCAGUCACUAUCGAAUUGUCAAUUACACUUAGACCUUGUAUAGAAAAAGAAUUCGAAGGUGUUGAGAGUUUUAUAACAGAAUAUCCUAUUAAUGCACAAAUGCCUAAAGCAAAAGAUACUCCAAUUUUAGUUGGUUACAAUAAUUUAGAGAGAUUAUUUGAAUACGCAAAUAAACGCGAAGAUACUUACAACAAAAAUGUAUUUGAGGAUAAUUUAGCUCUAGCUUUCAAUACCAUAGAUCAAGACCAUGUUAAAUUAGUAAGGAAUUUCUACAUAGGAGAUGAAGAUGUUGGUGUAGACGUGAAAUAUAAUUUAGCUGAAUUCUACUCAGACUUUUCAUUCAUACAUCCGAUUCAUAGAAGUUUGCCUAAAUAUUUAGAGAAUGGGGCUAAAGUUUUUUACUACGUGUUCAAGUAUGCAGGUGGUAGGAACUUUGUUAAACUAAGAGAGAACAUAACUGGUCCUGGGGCAGUACAUUCCGAUGAAAAGGGAUAUUUAUUUGACAUGACUGUUCUAACCGAGACUCCCACGCCAGAAGACCAGGCUAUGAUCGAUAAAAUGACAACUAUGUGGACUAAUUUCGUUAAACAUGGAGAUCCUACUCCUGAGACCACAGAACUUCUUCCAGUAAAAUGGAUUCCUAUCUCAAAAGAUGCAUUGAACUAUUUAGAGAUAGAUAAACAACAAACAUUGAAGAAACGACCCAAACAGACACAGAUGGCAUUUUGGGACUUAUAUUAUAAAAUUAACAAGCAGCAUUUAAAGGGUUACAGAAGUACUGAUUUUAAUUAA